AUGCAUGAUGUGAUCCGUGACAUGACUUUAUGGAUAGCAUGUGAAUGUGAAGCACCCGAGAAUAGAUUUUUUGUAAAAACAGGGAUAAGAUCAAUUAAGGCACUUGAUGUUGAAAAUUGGAAAGGUGUAAGAAUGUCAUUGAUGUACAGUCAAAUUAAAAAGUUACGAGGAACACCUACAUGCCCUAAUCUUCAAACUUUAUUUCUCAAUGGUAAUAGAUUGGAGGUAAUUAGUGAUGGUUUCUUCCAAUUUAUGCGCAACCUGAGAGUUCUAAACUUGUCAUCGAACCAAUAUCUCUAUGAGUUGCCACAGGGAAUUUCAGAACUGGUUUCACUAGAGUGCCUUGAUCUACGAUGGACAUGCAUAAUUGAGUUGCCAAUUCAGCUGAAUAAGUUGUCAAAACUGAAAUAUUUGGACUUGAUGAGGACCUACCGUCUCAUUAAAAUCCCACGAGAAUUGAUAUGUAAAUUUUCAAAGUUGCAAAUAUUCAAAAUUUUUUCAGACAGUAUUUGCAGGACUGAUAUAAACAGUUUAAUAGAGGAAUUGAAAUGCUUACAACAUUUGAACGUGCUGUGGAUAGAAAUACGCACUGAUUUUGCUCUUGAAAGCCUUUUGAGUUGCCACCACUUAAGAGGAUGCACUGAGGGACUAUGCCUUGGAGGUUGGACGGGGACAAAGGUAUUGAGUGUUUUGUUUUUAGAAAAUAUGGAGCGUUUAGAGAACCUAGAAAUUACGGAGUGUGGUAGCAUAGAAGAGAUGGUAACAAGGAAUAUAGAGAAGGAAUUAAGGGAAAGAAGAAUGAUACAAACCUCCUCGCUCUCUCCCACUAAUAGUAAUACUAUCACUCCUCGCUUUCAUGCACUGAGCAAGAUUUCAAUAUUCAAUUGUCCCAAGUUGAGGAACCUGACAUGGCUUAUUUUUGCCCCAAAUCUAACGCAGCUUAAGGUAGGUUUGUGCCUAAGAAUGGAAGAAAUAAUAAGUGAAGUGAGUGAAGUUGCAAAUGUGGUUGGAAUUUCGAAUCCAAGCCCAUUUGCUAAGCUAGAAUGGCUUCAUUUACAAAUUCUAUUUGAUUUGAAGAGCAUAUACUGGGAUACCCUACCCUUCCCAUGCUUGACAGAUAUCAUAGUAUUGAAUUGCCCAGAACUGAAGAAGCUUCCACUCAAUUGUGACAGUGCAAAGGGAAAUCAAAUCAGCAUUGUCGGAAGUGAAGAUUGGUGGAAAGAGGUUCAAUGGAAGGAUGAAGUCACUCGAUCUACUUUUUUGCCUUCUUUCAAACUUCCAUCACGAGGGAAAGAGCUAGACUGGAAGGAUGAAGCCAAUCUAAAUGCUUUCAACAUCCUAUUCUAA